AAUGCUACAAAAGCAGCUAAAAACAGAAUUCCUUAGUCCAGCGUUGCCUGAAGAGACAGAGACAGCUGAAGUGCAGCCAAAAAUGCCUCCUGUCGGUGUGGAGGAUUUUGAUAAAGCCAAUUGGAAUGAUCCGUUUCAGGUGUCACACUAUGCCAUGGAUAUAUUUAAUUAUUUAAAGGCCCGAGAGGCUGAAUUCCCGAUAGACGAUUACAUGAAGCGCCAAGUGCAUUUGUCUAAAUGGAUGCGUGCUCUGCUUGUGGACUGGAUGGUGGAAGUUCAAGAAACAUUCGAACUUAAUCAUGAAACUUUGUAUUUAGCGGUAAAAGUGGUCGAUUUGUUCUUGUGCAAAGUUGUUAUCAAUAAGGACAAGCUGCAAUUAUUGGGAGCGUCCGCUCUAUUUAUAGCGUGCAAAUUCGACGAGCGCACACCACCAUUAAUUGAGGACUUCUUAUACAUUUGUGAUGGUGCUUACAAGCAUGAAGAACUAAUACAUAUGGAGAUGUGCACUUUGCGAACUAUUGACUAUGAUCUCGGAAUACCUCUUUCUUAUCGUUUCUUGCGACGUUAUGCUCGAUGUGCAAAAAUAGCCAUGCCUACACUUACUUUAGCUCGCUACAUAUUGGAGUUGUCUUUGAUGGAUUAUGAUACCAUUGCUUUUAGCGACUCUAAAAUGGCCGCAGCCGCUUUGUUCAUUGCCCUGCGAUUGGUUGGUGAAGAGGAAGCAUGGAAUGCCACUUUAGAAUACUAUUCUGGUUAUAAGUUAAUGGAUUUUGGAGAAAUUGUACCAGUAUUAAAUGAGGGAUUGCAUCGUAAACCGAAAGGCACCAUCAAAACCAUACGCAGCAAAUAUUCACAUAAAAUAUUUCAUGAGGUAGCCAAAGUGGCAUUGAUGACUACUGAAGAACUUUUUGAAAACAAUUUAGACUUGGCUUCAUAUUCAAUGAGUGCACCUAUUAAUACAUUAAAGAAAGCAGAAGGUGGAGGAGACGCUUCGUAAGACUCACAAAUAUUACUAAUACCUAUUAAAAACAAAAGGAAAAAAAGCAUGUUGUGCCCAAAUAUUGAAAAAGAAAAGAAACGCAAAACUAGUUCAAAUCUUGAUUUUUAUAUAUAAGAUAUUAGAAUUUCUCCUUUAUUAUCUAAAUGUUUGUAUUUUUUAUUUAAAUUUAAUCAAUUACUCUGAUAUCUUUUCGUUUGUUACCCUUUUUAUUUCAUUACGCUGCUUUACAACUAUCCUUGCUAUCACAUCCCUCUCAAUGUUGCUUUUUAUUUAGUAAUAUUUAGUACGCUUUUAUUCCAAACCGCUUCAUUAAAUUUAGUAAAUAGAAGUUUGUUAAAAAUUGACUUGACAGUGUCUUAUGCACAGACUUCUCUUUAUAAACAAACUCGUCUGUUCUUAGAUUGAUCGGCGGAGCAAAUUUCCAAUUCUUUCAUUUCACUCUAACCUCAUUAUCACGACUAACCCCCUUCUCCCGAUCAUUACACAU